AAUCCUCCAAUGACAAGAAGCCCGUCGAGCGGCCUCGGGCGGCUCUAGCAAAGGUUGUUGCAAGGGUCGGCUAAUUACAACAUACUAGAAAAGUCCAAUUUUUGAAAUAGUGCCGGUUGCAAUAACGGUCUCCCAAAUAUUCCCACGACAAUGAUGGGGAUUCGAUAUAACUUGUAGCAACGGAAGACAUAAACUCGGUGUUGCGGCCUGCACGCUUGACACUUAUUUUCUUCACCACAGUUUCUUCCGCUAUGUCUGUUCUUCAAGUUGCUACUGUACUGGCCAACCUUGCUGCCAAAGCACAAUCUACGAUGGCCUACGCUGGCUCAUUAACUUCUAAUGAGUCAGAAUGCUCCUCUGACGCAUCCUCUCUAGCCGAAGGCUCUUCCCCAACAUCAGACUCCCGCCUCUAUCUCGCCUUGCCCCCACGCACCAAUGAGCAUCUGGCAGUCUUAUUGCCAAGGAGUCUCUGGAAGCCUGAUUCUCUCGCUAAUACAUGUGACAAUUUUUAUUGCCACAUCAAGUUCUCGGUCCUUGAACGGCGUCAUCAUUGCAGAAAGUGCGGUGGCGUUUUUUGCCACCAGUGCACCACCCGUUCGACACAUUUACUUGACGUUUCCAAUCUUGAUUUCCUUCAUCCUCCGCGGAACGUGCCUAUCUCCAAUUACGAUAGUCCAACGUCACCAGUUCUCGUGAAGAAGGUCUGCGAUGACUGUUGGGACCAGAUCCAUGGCUGUAAUUCGCCUCGCACUCCAGACCGUACCCCAUCCACUCCUAUGCUUGUCAAGUCUCCGGUAGAUUCUAGAGCUCCUUCUCCCAAUUCGUCUGUUUGUGCAUCUCCUGUGGACAGCCCAGCACCCCCCUCUCGACCGGUUCGUGUUGUCCGAAGUUCAUCUCAUUUCAGCCCCGGACAUAUUCCAUUACCCACUUCUAUCUUAUCUCCUACUGAAUUUGAGGUCCCACAACCAUCAUACGGCGAACUAGACGCAUACCCGCUACGGAGGUCUAGCAUCAUUUGUAAAGCAACAGGCGGCGGUCGCUGGGAACCCAAACAUUCACCUCCGAAGAUCGGUAUCCGGAUACCUGGAUACAAGGCACCAUACGAAAUUGAAAUGGAACGAGAAGAACAAGAAGAACGCCGUCGCUGUCAGAAUCCUGUUGUGCGAGAUGGAGACUUUCAAUAUCGAUUCCGGCAGGACCGGGUCGCGGCUAGUCUUGCCCGCACUGCUUUGUGUUUUUCCACUUUCUAGGUUGUCUGUUUUUGUUACCGAUGUGUAUAUCGCGUCAGCUGUGUUCCUUCAUCGUGCAUAAUUGUUUCCUUUUGUUUAUACGUAAUCUUAUGGUUCAUUUCUCCAUACUAACCUACUUGUUGUUUAUUUAUCAUAUCGCCCGUCUAUAUCUCACUGCAUCUACGAUACCAUUGCUUGAUUGAUACACUAUACAUACAAUUUGUAUACACUCUUGCUAUUCAUUCGAUUUAUCACUAAGUAUUCCCCUAGGGAGUCCGUGCGCAUCUAAGUAAAGCUUUCCUGGAAUUUCCUUUCUUGGAAUUACACUUGGAGAAUUUUACAACUUUUAAAUAGAA